CUGCCUAUCCACAAUUCCACGCCCCACCUAAAACCCCUGCAGCCUCCUCCGCCUUCCUCCGCCGCUAACGCCGACGCCGGAAAUCGCUCUCCGCCCCCGCCGCCGACCUCGAGAGAUGGAGCAAGGCAAGCGCGGGAUCGUCGUCUCCAAGCUCCUGCCCCCUAACAACCCCAUCGAGCAGCUCCAGUCCCGGUUCAAGGAGAUCGAGGCCGGCUUCAAGGACUGGCUCUCCAAGCAGUCCCUCCCCGUCGAGGCCGCCGUCGUCACCGCCACCGGCGCCACCCAGGGCGCCGCCAUCGGUGCCAUCAUGGGCACCCUCACCAACGACGUCUCCGCCUCCCUCGGCCCUCCCCCCGGGGCCAACCUCAACCCCCAGGCCAUGGCCUCGCUCAAGCAAGCUCAGGCUCUAUCCGGUGGUCCCUUGAUACAAGCUCGCAAUUUUGCUGUCAUGACGGGUGUCAAUGCUGGCAUCUCCUGUGUGAUGAAGAGGUUGAGGGGGAAGGAAGAUGUCCAGUCCAGUAUGGCAGCAGCUUUUGGUUCUGGAGCCAUGUUCUCUUUGGUCAGUGGCAUGGGUGGCCCAAAUCAGGCGGCAAAUGCAGUUACUUCGGGGUUUUUCUUUGCACUUGUUCAGGGUGGUCUUUUCAAGCUAGGGCAGAAAUUCUCUCAGCCUCCUGUCGAAGAUGUCUACUACUCUCAAACAAGAAGCAUAUUGUCGAACCUUGGUCUUCAGAAUUAUGAGAAAAACUUCAAGAAAGGCCUUCUAACAGAUACAACAUUGCCUCUACUCACUGAUAGUGCUCUAAGAGAUGUGAACAUUCCUCCAGGACCGAGGCUGCUCAUUCUCGAUCACAUUCAGAGAGAUCCUCAGCUGAAAGGUGCAAGGAAGCUGUAGACUCCAUUUGCCACCAAACUGAUUGGCAUUUUGAAAGAUUCUAAAGUAAGAAGAACUUAAUUCAUUUUAUUUUGGACCAUCUACUUUCUCCAGGGGUGUCGUAUAAGCAAAGUCAUGGUUGAGGGCUAUGAACUUUGAUGGCCGUACCUCUAGUGGGGAAGGAACCUUUAUCUGGGUGAUCUGAAAGGGGUCUAGUACUUCUCAGAUACUUUGCCUUCUUCUUUUGAUAUUUUAGUUAGACAGUACUUCAGCAAGAGUACAAGGUAUAAACUAGGGAACAAUGAGAAAGGGAAGCCCAUGCUGUCAUCGGAGACUUCUUGGUUUAAAGGUGCAUCUCAUUAGAUGUUGAAGAGUGAUUCCUAGAGCUAGUUCUCCUGAGAUUAAUUUUGCUUCAUUAGGUUGUUAGACAUCGGGGCAUGAAGCAUUUGGCUUCUAUCUAAUUGCAAGCUGCUUCGGUAGAGGCAGCUUUUCUUUGUACUGUUUACACUCGAAAUGGCUGGAGGAUGGUUUCUUUUCAGAUAUCUCGAGUGACCUUUUUUUUGGUGUCGGCCAGCACAUUGGAAACUUUGGUCAGCUCAUUUCUACUUAAACUUUACGACUAAGGUAGAAAGAAAUCAUGUAGGCUUUCUGCUUCCAUAGGCUUUUGAAUAAUCUUUCAUAUGAAGAUAUCUUUCAUUUA